AUGGCGGGCAUCACCCGAGCAUUCACCAGGCGCAACAAACGGCCUGAGGUAUCGGCACCCAUGCCCUACCAUGAAGGACAUGCCAAGUUUAGUGCGGGUACCAUCAAACGCGGGAAGAUCUCUGCGCCUAUACAGCUGAUUUCGACUACUAACAUGCUGGCCUUCGAUGCCCCCGAGCUGCGCUCUGCGACUUCCUCGUCCUCGGCCUCAUCGAUGAGAUUCCGCGACGAUUCAGACAUGUCUGAAUCAGCUCUUUCCGCCGCAUCCCCAAUCACGUCUCCCGGUUCAUCCUCUCGUGAGGGGUCACCUAUUGAUCCAAAAUCUAUGCCGAUUCCCCUUCCCAAGCGAUCAUACACUCUGGCAGACCCGGUCAAGCCGUCGACCACGCGAGUCCACGAUCAUACACCAAGCAUUCCGAAGCGCGCGCUCUCGCAUACAAAACGAUCACACCAGGAGCUCUCUCGCCAGCGCUCCAUGAAGGCAAUGACCCCUCCGCCUCUCAACACGAUCAGCGACAGUCCCUCGAUGCGAUCCAUCCAGGAUAUUAGUGGUUUUGAACCACACCCCUUCGGGAGAGAACUCGAACAGGUUCGGGAGAUUGCAGAAGAAUUCGGCGGUGGUCAUUUGCUCGACGAAGAAGAAGUAAUAUUUCAACUCAAGGGACUUCAUAGGUUCUCGGCGGAGGAGUAUCUUGCCGAGAUUGAAGAUCUGUACCACAAGACUUAUCUCUGGACUAAAACUGAAUCCUUCCAUAUAUGA